GAAGUGGAGCAGAAGAAGCGAACCUUCCGCAAGUUCACCUACCAUGUCGUGGACCUUGACUAACUGCAGGACAUGUCUUAUGAGCAGCCAAUGCAGUUGUACAGCGCCCUCCAGAGGCUGAACCGUGGCCUGCAGCGGAAACAGCACUCACUGCUCAAGCGCCUGAGAAAGGCCAAGGAGGAGGAGCCACCCAUGGAGAAGCCCAAGGUGGUGAAGACCCACCUGAGCGACAUGAUCAUUCUGUCUGAGAUGGUCAGCAGCAUGGCGGGUGUGUACAACCGCAAGACCUUCAACCAGGUGGAGAUCAAACCAGAGAUGAUUGGCCACUACCUGGGCGAGUUCUCCAUUACUUACCAGCCCGUGAAGGACGGGCUGCCCGGUAUUGGCACCACCUGCGCCUCCCAUUCAUCCCCCUCAAGUAGCAGAGGAUAG